AUGUCAACAAUUUCAAAAUAUUUUGGUAAAUUUAAAGGAGAAGAUGUUUUAGAAUGUCAAUUAAUAUCCAAAACCGGCGUUUGUAUAAAAAUAUUAAAUUAUGGGGCAAUAAUUCGUGAUUGGCAAAUUCCAAUGUUAAAUGGAAGUAAACGUUGUGUAGUUCUGGGAUUUGAUAAUAUAGAAGAUUAUAUUGAAUAUAGUCCUUUCUUUGGGGCAAUUGUUGGGAGAGUUGCUAAUAGAAUUGGAGGGGCUAAAUUUUUGUUGGAAGGAAAAGAAUAUUUAUUAGAUAAAAAUGAAGGGGUAAAUCAUUUACAUGGAGGCGAGACAACCUUUGGAAAAAGAUUGUGGAAGAUGACACAAAUUUCAGAAAGUUCUGUUCAAUUAAAUAUUUUUAGUUCAGAGGAGGAAAGUGGAUAUCCAGGGAAUUUGAAUGUUAAAGUUAUUUACAGAUUGGUGGAUAAUUUACUUGAAAUUGUAAAUAAAUAA